UGGUAGAAACGUCACUUUUUUUGACAACCGUGACACAUCCCACGAAAUCUUUAAAAAAACCACCUAUUAUUAUUUUGUGUUACAACAUAAAGCAUCAACAUGUUUAAAAACUCCGGUUUUGAUAAGCAACUAGAUAAAGCAACCAGCCACUUCUUAAUGGAACCGGAUUGGACUGCAAUCAUGCAAAUAUGCGAUCAAAUUCGUCAAGAUGAUAUCCAGCCAAAAUACGCUUUAACCGCGAUAAAAAAGAAAUUAGCCUCUCAAAAUCCUCACAGUGCAAUGUUUGCGAUGAUGGUUCUGGAAAGUGUGGUAAAGAAUUGCCCUUCGGUACAUGAUGAAUUAACAAGUAAAGCGUAUUGUGAGACUUUACAUGAAUUCGUUAAAACAACCCCUCACAUCAAAGUGAAAGAGAAAAUGUUGGAGUUAUUACAAGUUUGGAAUUCAGUUAUUGCCCGUAAAAAUGCAAAACACAGCAAUUUAAAGGAUUUAGUGACGGUAAUGAAAGCGGAAGGUUUUACAUUUCCGGCUUAUCGUGAAUCAGAAGCAAUGUUUACCGCGGAUAGUGCCCCAAAAUGGGUGGACGGAGAAGUGUGUCAUCACUGUCGGGUGCAGUUCGGGGUUAUGCAGCGCAAACAUCACUGCAGAGCGUGCGGCCAAGUUUUUUGCGGACAGUGUUCGCAGAAAAACACCCCGCUACCGAAAUUCGGCAUCGAAAAAGAAGUGCGCGUUUGCGACGCAUGCUUUGAACUACACACGAAGCCAUUUGCGACGGCGAAAUCCGUUGAAAAGGACUCCGAUUUACCCAUUGAGUACUUGAAGAGCUCGUUGGCCCAACAAAGUCAAGUCCCACCCAAAAAGAAUGAGGAUGAAUUACGCGAAGAAGAAGAACUUCAAUUGGCGUUGGCUUUGAGUCAAUCGGAAGCCGAAGCGAAAGAGAAACAAAAAAUGAGGGUGUCCUCAACAGCGACUUUUAGUAAAGUACAAGAAUCUAAAGUUGAGGUGCGCAGUCAAAGCCCCGAGGAAUCACCUGAAUUAUCGCAUUAUUUAAAUCGAACUUAUUGGGAAAAUCGACAACAAAACGAUAAUGAUGUUAAAUCAUCUUUGAGUACUCCAUCGGUUUCAGCGAGUGCCCCAAUUCAAAACAUUGAUUUAAAAUUUAAAGAGAAUGGAAUGGCUGAUGUAACAAUCGAGGAUUUUACAAACACAUUAAGAUCCCAAGUCGAAAUUUUUAUUAAUCGGAUGAAAUCGAAUUCGAGUCGUGGUCGAUCAAUAGCCACCGAUAGCAGCGUCCAAACCCUUUUUAUGAACCUAACCAAAAUGCAUUCGCAACUAUUAAAAUACAUUCAACAACACGACGAUAAUCGCAUCUAUUACGAAGGUCUCCAAGAUAAAUUAACCCAAGUUAAAGACGCUCGAGCAGCGCUUGACGCUCUCCGAGAAGAACACCGGGAGAAAUUGCGAAGGCAAGCCGAAGAAGCCGAGAGACAAAGACAACUGCAAAUGGCGCAUAAAUUAGAUAUAAUGAGAAAGAAGAAACAGGAAUACUUACAGUAUCAAAGGCAAUUAGCUUUGCAACGCAUUCAGGAACAAGAACGCGAGAUGCAAAUGCGGCAGGAACAACAAAAGCAACAAUACAUGAUUAAUCCGCAAUUUGGGGGGUAUAUGGGGUCUCCUAUCCAUGGGCCUCAAUAUCAAAGUAAUCCGCAACCUAUGGGCGCUUAUUAUCAAUAUGCGCAACCCAAUAUGAUGAUGGGGUAUCAAAUACCACCGCAAGGAGUUCAACCCCCUCAAAACAUUCAAGCCCCACAUCCGGGGAUGCCACAAAAUAUACAAUCGGCACCUCAAAACAUAGCUCCCCCACAAAAUAUUCAAGCUCCCCCUCAAAAUCUUCACGGUCCACCUCAAAACGUUCAAGUUCCUCCACCGCCGGGAAUGCAAGGUCCUCCUCAAAAUAUUCAAGUCCCCCCACAAAAUAUAAUGCAGAAUAUCCCCCCAGGACAAGGAAUUCCUCCUCCAAUGGGACAAAUUCCUCCCAUGCAAUUACCACCGGCGUUGAUGGGGGGUACACAAGGGAUGAUGGGGCAACAAGGAGGUGUUCCAAUGACUUUGCCGCAAUACCAACAACCGGGGGCGCCACCGCCGAGUCCUCAAGUACAACAAACUCAAGAGGAGACUCAAACGGCUGAGUUAAUAAGCUUUGAUUAGAUUAUAAAAAUAUUAAUUAUGUUCUAACAAAAUGGAUUUGAUCGUUUUGAUGGAACAUAAAAUUAUUUUGAGGAGUUUUGUAGUAUGCGAAUAAAUAAAAAAAGUGUCUGUUUUAUGUAGAUUUUUGGUAAAGUUUAAGAACUAUAAAUGUUGUAAUAUGGUUUGUACUCUUAAUUAAAAUUAUAAUAUUCAAGUUUAAACGCAA